AUGAGGUCAAUUGAAGUCGCCAGACGCUCAGGAGCGUUGGCGAGGGGCGUCCUCCAACGACAACAACUCCGUUGCGCCCCAACUUACACGCCGACUCGCCGCCUUCUUUCGACUGGUCCUGCCCUGCCUCCUGCGUACGAGACGCUCUACACUAAAUAUGCCGAAGUCAGGCGAGUGCUGGGCUCACAGAGGCUCACGCUGGCUGAGAAGAUCCUCUACAGCCAUCUCAACAAUGUCGAAGAGAACCUAAUGACCAACACCAACAAUGGCCGUGACAUCCGAGGGAAAGCGAACCUGCCGCUCAAGCCCGACCGGGUGAACAUGCAGGACGCUUCCGCACAGAUGGCUCUGCUGCAGUUCAUGGCGUGCAACCUCCCCCAGACCGCGAUCCCUGCGAGCAUUCACUGCGACCACUUGAUUGUUGGCGAGAAGGGCGCCGACAAGGACCUGUCUGCCGGCCUAAGCGCAAACCAAGAGGUUUUUGACUUCCUCGAGUCUGCGGGAAAGAAGUUUGGAAUCGAUUUCUGGCCACCUGGAGCCGGUAUCAUACACCAGACUGUGCUGGAGAACUAUGCUCGACCGGGACUGAUGAUGCUGGGCACUGACAGCCACACUCCCAAUGCCGGUGGUCUCUGUACCAUUGCUAUCGGUGUUGGCGGUGCCGAUGCCGUCGAGGCCCUUGUUGGAGCACCUUGGGAGCUCAAGGCCCCCAAGAUCCUGGGCGUACGCCUGACGGGCAAACUCAACGAAUGGGUCUCUCCCAAGGACAUUAUUCUGCAUCUGGCUGGCAAGUUGACCGUCCGUGGUGGAACUGGUUUCAUUGUGGAAUAUUUUGGUCCCGGAGUCGAGACCCUCAGCUUAACUGGAAUGGCUACAGUGACUAAUAUGGGUGCUGAGGUCGGCGCAACAACUUCGGUAUUCCCCUUUACAGAGGCUUCCGCGAGGUAUCUCGAAGCCACCAGGAGAGGUGAUUUGGCCAGUGCGGCAAAGAUCUUCCAGAGCUUCCCUGGGGUCGGCAACUCGGAAGACGCGUACUUCAAAUUCAAGGCCGACGAGGGUGCGGAAUACGACCAGCUUAUUGAGAUCAACCUUUCGGAGCUGGAGCCGCACAUCAAUGGACCGCACACACCAGACCUGUCAACGCCUCUGUCCCAAUUCAAGAAGACAGUGCAAGAGGAGCAGUGGCCUGAAAAGGUCUCCGCAGGUCUCAUUGGCAGCUGCACAAACAGCUCGUAUGAGGACAUGACCAGGGUGGAGAGCAUAGUCAAGGCUGCCGAGGAAGCUGGGCUGAAGCCUGCGACAGAUUUCUACGUUACGCCCGGUAGUGAGCAGAUUCGAGCAACUCUAGAGCGCGACGGCGUUUUGGAAUCCUUUACGGGCGCGGGCGGUAUCGUACUGUCAAAUGCAUGCGGGCCUUGCAUUGGACAAUGGAAGCGACGUGACGGUGUUGAGAAGGGCACGCCAAACGCGAUAUUUACGUCCUACAACCGGAACUUCCGAGGCCGCAAUGACGGCAAUCUCGACACCAUGAACUUCCUCGCCUCCCCUGAAAUAGUCACUGCAAUGGCGUUUGCCGGCUCUACCACCUUCAACCCCAUGACAGAUACGCUGAAGACGCCAGACGGCAAGGAUUUCCGCUUCCCAGCACCAAAGGGAAUGGAAGACCCCAAAACGCCCUUUGAGUUCGGCAACGAGACAUUCAAGGUUGCGUCACAAGCGCCGGACCCGAACGUCCCAGUCGCCAUCUCUCCCACCUCAGAGCGUCUUGCCCUUCUCGACCCGUUCGAGCCAUUCCCUAACCACGACCUCACCGGUCUGCAGGUCCUCGUCAAGGUCAAGGGGAAAUGCACGACCGACACCAUCUCUGCAGCAGGCCCGUGGCUCAAGUACAAGGGCCACCUGCCCAACAUCUCCACCAACACCCUCAACACAGCCGUGAACGCGGCCACUGACGAAGUGAACGCGGCGUACGAUUUCGACGGCAGCAAGCACACCAUUCCAGACCUUAUGAAGAAGUGGAAGGAGGAGAAGCGAGAGUGGCUCGUCGUCGCAGAGCACAACUACGGCGAAGGGUCCGCAAGAGAACACGCGGCCCUGCAGCCGAGGUACCUGGGCGCCAGGAUAAUCGUCUGCAAGAGCUUCGCGCGCAUCCACGAGACGAACCUGAAGAAGCAGGGCGUCGUGCCGCUGACGUUCGAGAACGAGGCGGACUACGACAGGAUCGACGCGUGCGACGAGGUCGCGACGGUGGGGCUGUACGAGAUGCUGCAGAACCAGGGCCGCGGCGACGUGCAGCUCAAGGUGACGAAGAGGGACAGCGGCGAGGAGUUCCUGGUCCCCGUCAGGCACGCGGUCAGCAAGGACCAGGCGGGCUUCAUACUGGCGGGAAGUGCUUUGAACCUCCUCUCAAAGGGAAUCUGA